GGAAGGGAAGGGGAAGAGCCGCCGCCGCCGCAGCCGCGACGAGCCACCGGCCGCCCGGCCCCCGUUUAUCCCGUCCGCGAUCCGAUCGUCGCCGGGAUCCUCCACCCCGCCCCCACCCUCCCCCUCGUGGCGGCAAUAUUUGGAACCCUGGAGCCCCGCGCCGCCGAUCGCCUCAUGCCGUGCUGAGCGCGCCUACCGAUCCCCACCGCCGCCGUUCGUGCCGUGUCCUGAUAGGUGUUUUCCAGCGGGCGGAAGGGGGCCACCGAGGUGUGUGUGGGCGAUGGCUUCCAACGGUGACCAGCAUGCGGCGGCCAACGCUGGCGGGGGGACCCCGGCUCCGACCGAUAGUCCCCCCGCCGGGAAGAAGGCGGGUGCUGCUGCCGUCGCGUGGAAGCGCCCGGGGAACGGGGCGGUGCAGGUCGUGGUGGCGCCCGGGAGCCCCAUCAUGGACGCCGACUCCUGGCCGGCGCUGCCCGGGCUGGCGUCUCCCCCGCCGCCGACGCCGCCCAGGGCAUCGCCUAAGGCCGCUCCUCCACCAUCCGCUGAGGUGGUGAUCCCACCUGUCUCUUUGGGCAAUUCCGGUGCUCCCGAUGCUAAUCCUGAUCACGAAGCACUGGUGCGCAAUCCACCGGCCCGGCGUGCCCUGGUGAUGCCUGCGGGGGAUGGGCUGGACAAGCGUGCCCCUGGCUCAGAGCCAUCACCAGUCCACACCCCUAAUGCCAGGAGCAAUGGAGGCGGUGAUCACUACCAGAAUGGCCGUUAUGGUUCCCAUCCCCAUGGCCGAGGUGGUGGCUAUGGUGGGGGGAACAGGAGGGGCAAUGGUGGAGGUGGUGGUCGGCGUGGACAGGAACACCAUGGUGGUUUCGAUGGGCAACGGCGGGGCGGUGGCCGCAGGGACGGACAUGGGCCUGCACACCAGCAGCGUGGACACCAGCCAUCUUACAUAAGGGCUCCUCUGGCUGUUGUGACGGCAGCACCUCCUCCACCACCACCAUUUGUUAGCCCUGCUACUCCACAAACACCACCUUAUGGGGCUCCCAUUGGCUUCCCUGCAGAGAUAGCACCUCAUGUGUACUACUUUGCGUCCCCCUCAGAAGGUGUUCAAGCACUGCCUUUCGUGCCUCACCCAGCAAGCCCUCCAGCUAUGUUAAUUACUCCAUUUGAAUCUCUUCGAAUGGAGCUGCUGAGGCAGAUAGAGUACUACUUUAGUGAGGACAAUUUGUGCAAGGACAUAUUCUUGAGGCAGCGAAUGGAUGACCAGGGUUGGGUUCCAGUUUCUCUGAUUGCAGGAUUUAAUCAGGUAAAGAAACUGACUAAUAAUGUACAGUUCAUCUUGGAAACAGUCCUGCAAUCUGCCGUGGUGGAAGUACAGGGUGACAAACUGCGGAAGCGUGAAAGAUGGGAGAUCUGGCUGCUUCCAAAACAAGGCUACUCAGCUGGCAAUUCUUCUGGUUCACUGUCCCCUGUGACAUCCAACAUUGAUUCACUGGCAUCGCAGUUUCAAUCUGUUGGACUUGAGGGGGCAGGCUACCAUGCCGGUAUGCAAGGAAUGCCCGGUGAAGCUCUCCUUACUAGGUCAGCAACUUCAGUUAGUCUAGGAUAUCAGGCGCCCCCCUUGGGAGGGUUAUACAGCAACGGGAGUGGACCACUUUUUGGGCAGAAGUCUGCAAGAAGUUUACUCCGGAGCGAUACCUUUUGAGGUUUUACACAAGAAAAAUUACAACGGCAUGCCGAGUUUUCUCUGGUUACGGCACGCGUUCCUCAUCUCAUCUAGUGGGGGUGAGGACUGAGGAUCCAGUUGGUUUGGAAGAAAACAACAAAAAAAAUGAAAAUAAAACAUACAAAAAAAGAGAGAUAGAAAUACAAAAAAAUAAUAAAACCAAAAAAAACCAAAAAAAAUCGAAAAACUUAGAAAAAAUAUGGAGGAAAAAAAAUAUAGUAGGUAGUAUUAUGUGCAGGACAUAUGUAUUUUGUGGUUGUGCUCUUGCUGCGACGUGACAUUACCUGUUGAGAACUCGUUUGGUUGCUGCUCUUUUGUGCACACUGAGUUGUCAUGGAUGCUGUCAAUCGGAAACUGUUAAGACUAGACAAAAUUAUUUCAAAAAACUGAUGACAAUUUUCAGUUGUGCA